CUGGUGGCCUGGAUGGAGAUGAAAAGACCUUGAAUGUAGUGUCCCCGCCCAUGCCCUCUGGGCUGACAGCUAUUUCCUCCUUCAGCACACUCCUCUCCUGUCACUUGCCUGGUGCCUAGUCUUGCUGCUUUUGGGAGCUGCCAGACUCCCUGGCUCAAGCCUGUGCUCACUCUAGAGGAGAAGCCAGCUCCCCUUAUCUCACUCAAUCAGCACACCCAAGCAGUCACCUCUGAGACCCAGAGCGGCUCUCUAGGAAGAACUGCAGCAAGGCUACAGACUUCUGGUUCCCCGGUGCCAGGCUCAACCCUCCUUUCUUCCACCUUGCCAUGGCCAACGUCACUCUGAAGCCACUCUGUCCACUCUUAGAGGAGAUGAUCCAGCUUCCAAGCCACAGCAACUCUAGCAUCCGCUAUAUUGACCACGUGUCGGUGCUGCUGCACGGGCUGGCUGCGCUGCUGGGUCUGGUGGAGAAUGGACUCAUCCUGUUUGUAGUGGGCUGUCGCAUGCGCCAGACGGUGGUCACCACCUGGGUGCUGCACCUGGCUCUGUCUGACUUGCUAGCCGCCGCCUCCCUACCCUUCUUCACCUACUUCCUGGCGGUGGGCCACUCGUGGGAGCUGGGUACCACCUUCUGCAAGUUUCACUCCUCGGUCUUCUUUCUUAACAUGUUUGCCAGCGGCUUCCUGCUCAGCGCCAUCAGCCUGGACCGCUGUCUGCAGGUGGUGCGGCCAGUGUGGGCACAAAACCACCGCACGGUGGCGGUUGCGCACAGAGUCUGCCUGAUGCUCUGGGCUCUGGCAGUGCUCAACACAGUACCCUACUUUGUGUUCAGGGACACCAUCCCGAGGCUGGAUGGCCGCAUCAUGUGCUAUUACAACAUGCUGCUCUUGAACCCAGGGCCCGACCGCGACGCCACGUGCGACUACCGCCAGAAGGCCCUGGCGGUGAGCAAGUUCUUGCUGGCCUUUGUGGUGCCUCUGGCCAUUAUCGCCUUGAGCCACGUGGCCGUGAGCCUGCAACUGCGCCACCGCGGCCGCCAGAGGACAGGUCGCUUCGUGCGCCUGGUGGCGGCCAUCGUGGCGGCCUUCGUGCUGUGCUGGGGGCCCUACCAUGUCUUCAGUUUGCUGGAGGCGCGAGCCCAUGCUGUCACCACGCUACGGCAGCUCGCGUCACGCGGGCUGCCCUUCGUCACCAGUCUGGCUUUCUUCAAUAGCGUGGUCAAUCCGCUGCUUUACGUGCUCACCUGUCCGGACAUGAUGCACAAACUGCGGCGCUCGCUGCGUGCUGUGUUUGAAAGCGUGCUGGUGGAGGACAGUGACUUGAGUGGUGGGUCUGGCAGCCGCCGCCGCCGUGCCUCCUCCACUGCCACAACCUCCACCCUCCUGCUGGCUGGCCGCCUUCCCCGGCUGCAUCCUGCACGUUUGAUCAGCUGGAUGCGGGGUGGUGGUGCAGAGCCCCAGCAGAGGGUCCCAGUGCAGGACCCAAAGCGAGGCUCACUGAACCACGUGCUGAGUUCCACCUCCGAUUAGACCAGCACAGCGCGGAUGGCAUGCCAACACACCCCUGGUAUCUAGCCAUACCCCGUUGAAAAUGUACAUAGCCAAUGCUAGGCCCAGGUCGUAGCUCUCCUGGGCAGAGUCUAGGUAACCAGCUUGAGGAGGAUGACUGAAUCUUCAGGAGCAAAGUGAAUUGAAAGCAGUCUUCCCUAAACACUUUAAUCUUGCAGUAUCAAGCUGGGAGAGGAUCAGCAAAGCACAGAAGUGGCCUUUGGAGGAGCUACCUGGUUCCUGACCGCUGGCCUCAAGGCUUUCAUCACCCCCCACUCCCCGAGACAGGGUUUCUCUGUAGUUUUGGUGCCUGUCCUGGAUCUCGCUCUGUAGACCAGGCUGGCCUCAAACUCACAGAGAUCCGCCUGGCUCUGCCUCCCAAGUGCUGGGAUUAAAGGGUGUGUCACCACCGCCCAGCAGCUUUUACACUUUUAAGAAGUGUAAGUACUUGAACUGCCUAGGGAUCUUGCUAGGGUAACCGAUGAGGGUGGGGAUGAGAUUUUGUACUUCUAAUACCUCUCAGGCAGCUGGCCUAAGGACAACUGGAGUCACACAGGUUAAUCUCACAACCUGCACCUCCUAAGGUGCUGCUUUGUGAAUGGGGAGGAGAUUCUGCCAAUGGAUAGUAUAUAUGGGGGUACAGUGGGAGGAAAGGGUUGAGAAGCAGUUUCUAGCCCACCACCUUCACUUUAAACCCCCCAGUUGGCCUCUGAGACAGAUGCUUUUAUCACACAGGCUUGCUGCUUGUGUGGUACGUGUGUCAACUCCAGCUCAGGGCUCUUUACUGCCCAGUUUCAGAGCUGCUGCUGCCAGAGGCUGCACUCCAGCAUUCAGCAUCACAAGUUCAAUUCUAUCCAGCGAAUAUCCGCCAGCUACCCUCAGUAUUCCAGCUGCCUCACAGGACAGGGCCCGGCAGCUAUCACUUCCAACCCACAGGUAGGAGGGGCACCUGGCAUCGACCACCACACUACAUCUAAUGUCUUCCCCACCAUGGAUGGACUGCAGGACAGCCGGCUGUGACUCAUCUCUACAUUCCAGGGGAAGGGGAUGAUGUCAGUAACUGGUGGAUGUGAAGAGCAGAGAUGAGACAUUCUCAGGAUCUCCUGAACCACUUAAGGCCAGGCUGGCUGUCAGUUCUCAGUGCCAAGCAGGCCUCAAGUCUGU